GUUAUAAAAUGACAUUUUCUGUGUGUAGAAAAGUGAAAAUUCACGAAAAAAAUACUCCUCUUCACUUGAGUGACAGUAAUUGCCGAUCGUCUCUCUCAGAUCCUUCUUCGUUCUCUCGCUAGCAUUCCUCUCCGAUAAUCCGAUGGCGACGGCGACUUAUCCACCGCCGCCGCCGUAUUACAGGCUCUACAAAAACUAUUCCGAGGAUCCCGAUUCCUGCCCCGCGCCGCCGCCUCCUAUUCAGGGCCCCUACCUCCUCUAUGGCGCCAGCUACACGACGGAUGAUGUCCUUCCAGGUCUAGAAGAACAGGGUGUUCGUCAGUUGUACCCUAAAGGGCCCAAUAUCGAUUUCAAGAAAGAGCUCAGGUCUCUUAACAGGGAAUUGCAGUUAAAUAUUUUGGAGCUUGCUGAUGUUCUUGUAGAGCGUCCAUCGCAGUAUGCUAGGAGAGUAGAAGACAUCUCUUUAAUUUUCAAGAAUUUAUAUCACCUUCUGAAUUCUCUGCGUCCGCACCAGGCUAGAGCAACAUUGAUCCAUAUUCUAGAACUCCAGAUACAGAGGCGUAAACAAGCUGUGGAGGACAUUAAAAGGAGAAGAGAGGAAGCACAGAGACUUCUAACAGAGGCACUUGGAACUCUCGAUGGACAAUAGGGACCAACUCAUAGUUUCAGAUACGACAUGUUUGUGAGUGCUACUAAGGAGCAUUCAGCCUUACUCAACUAACAAACUGAUUCUGCAAAUGGACCGACUUUGAAGAUGCUAACUCUUCUGCUGAUUCUGUAUGUGGUGAUACUGAAUUGGAAUGUGCUUGUCUGACUGUACCUUACAUGGGCACACGUUCAUUGUGGUGCCACUCCUUUUUUUCUUUUUUGUGGCAAAAACUUGUGUAUAUAUCUGGAUGUACGGGUCAUCUAAUCCAAUUAGGGUUCAUCAAUUUCCAUUAGGGUUUAUUAAUCAUCAAUUAGAAUUUAUGAAUCCUUUCAUAGAGUUUAUGAAUUGCAAUUUGAAUGUAAUUAGGGUGGACGCAAUGUGCAUCUAGAUGCACUAGAGUAUGCUCUCCUUUUUUUCUUUUUCUUUUCUAA